GUCAGGAAAGAUAGGAGACAAGUGACAGGGGACAUUAUUAAAUAUUGCCUCAAUUUUUUGUCCGGCAUAUAAACGGAAGACCAUCGCCAGGCCUCUUUACGCAAACACAACGACAGUCAAACCAAAAGGGACGGAUUCAAGUACCCGCAGAACAGAGGUAAGAAUAAUAUGAAGUUUACCGACUCAAUCUGGGACGAAGUGAAUCGUCUGUAAUGGAAAGAGAUUUCACUGUUCUGAAGGAUUAAUAUACAUAUAUUUUCCCUAUAUUUUACAACUUAUGUAAUCAACUAUUGAGCUGUCGCAGGCCAAGUUACCGAAAAGUAUUCAGCGAGGACAAAGCCGCUGCUUUAACUAAGUGCCAAGCGCCAGACAGUUCUACAUGGCAUCUUUUAAGGUCGGUACACACUAGGCGACAAGUUGCGGCAACAUGUUGCAAAGAAUCAAAUCAGACAGAAUUUGUACGACUUGUUGCCGCGCCAAAAUUCUGUUGUAGAGACUAAGAUUUUCACAAAAUUUCCCCAGUACACACGAAGCGAUUUGUCGCUGCGAUGUGUCGUCCCAACACGUUGCUGCAACUAGAGUGAUCUCUCGCCGCGACUUGUUGCUGCAACUUGUCGCCUAGUGUGUACCGACCUUUUAAAGAAGCUCACUUAGUCAACGCCGAUUCCCAUAGCAACUAACCUCUCAACGAUUUACGAUUGUUCAGAACUGUUGUUAGCAGUUCAAAGUCUGUUUCGACCAGACUGGACUUUCCAACGAACUAGUAUUUCCUGUUUUUAUUCUUAUCAAAAACGAGUCCCAACUGGUCAUAGUAUUAAAGUCAGAUAUACCAUAGGCAUGAUCUAAAUAAGACGAUGAAUUUCUUGAAUAUACAAGGCUAAGGACGACAACAAAUAAACUGUUCCAGAAGAACUGAUCGAUCUUUACGUUUUUACUUUAAAGACGCUCUCCAAAAUAUAACUUCAAUUCUCUUAAUGUUUGGAGUGGGCGGAGGAAAGUGAGGGGUCUCACAGACAGCACCUGCUACUAUACUGAGCCCGCAAGCUACACAAGGGGCGAAACUGAUCAUUUUGAUCGUGCGCGUCGUGUAGUUGAUCUACAGAAGACACACAUCGACCGGGUUGAGAUACAGGUAAUAAAACUGUGACGUUAGCUUAGAGGGCAAAUACAAUAUCACUUUGGCUGUUUAGACAGCACCAGCCUAUGAAAGCAUGACUAUCGGAUUAACUCGCAGCCUAACGAAUUGAACACUUAACAGCAUAUUCUCAAGGUGUCGACUCAAAAAAAGUACCGACAGCUUCUAACAACAAACAUAGAUUAAGGUAAACUGGAAAAACCGGUUUUCUUUUCUCUAUGGAAUGUGAACUUUGAUAUUGUGACAGGAAGUACUCUGACCAAAAAAACUGGGAAAACCACAUUCUUCUCCUGUGGAAUGCAGACUUUGAGCUUGCUUUGACACUCUUCUCACGCAGGCACAGUGCUAUUAAGGAAAUUACCCCCAGCCUGGAGUUAUCUUUCCCUGGUAAUGCCCUUGCUAGUCAACCUUGUGAGUGAGAUUAGAAGCAACUUCCAUAUUUUAAAGAAAACUCUUGCCGCCAAGAGAAAAUGAAACACAUGUUUGAAAUGCUUUCGAGCGACAAACGUGUAUGAUGUAGGAUGACUGGGCAGUUCUUAGGUGAGUCAAGAAAUUUUCAAAACACUCUGACAAACUAAACAAGCUCAAAAGAUCGCCACUGAUCAUAGUUCAAACAAAACUCCCUACGAAUUCUCUCGUUUCGUACUCCAAAAAAAAUAACGGCUAGUUCCGUAAUUAUUUACGAGCCUUGUUACUAAUUUGACUCUAAUGGUGAAAGAAGGGGGCCAAGAUAAAUUAGCAAAGGAAGAAUAGGCGCCAGCAACCGCCCCCGCUCAACAAAACGUUUAAAUAACGACUUACAAAUUAACUAAUUUCCUAAAACUGCAAAACAUAAACGCAUACUAUAUCGUUGCAUUUAGCAUCGCAUUCGUAAACAGUACAAAAUGGAGUUGAAUGGUAUUUAUAACAGUGUAUUCACAACUGGAAGCGUAUUAAAAUAUCAUUUGAGCAAAACAGCUGCUAUCUGUGAAGCUAAUUAAUAUGCUAAACGAAUGUUACAACACGUACACUUCGAGCCGAAAAGUUGGCUUUGGCCGCUUCUAUCCGACAGCGUCUUUAAGUUUCAUGUCAGCUCAUUCUUGUACGACCAGCGGUUGUCGUUCCUCACAUUCUGUACGUUGCAGCAAGCACAUUUUGUCGACGGAACAAGCUGAAAAUACGUUCACAAAAGAGUUGAAGCAAACAUAAAUCGACGAACAAUCGAAUAUCAUUCUUACCGUUUCGUCUCGGAUUUCAAACCAAGGAAACAAACCUUUGGCCGGGCUUAGAAGGCACAAAUUUUGGCCCAAACCGGUCAACUUCUCUCAAACUUUUCAUCACGUAACUUUUUCACGGCUGUUGUGGAAAGAAUUGAGGUCAAAAAGCAAUAACUUCACACAACAAUUUACUGUUUACGCGGUCGGCAAACCAUUUUGAAAGGGAAUAUUUCCCACAAAGGUGGGUGCGGCACGAAAAGCUAAUAUUGCGUCAUCCUCGAGAAAAGCCAAUGGGAGCUCAAAAAGACAAUGCAGCUGUCAAUUUUGAAAGUAUCAACCAAUUAAAGCCCGACAACUCCAAAAUUUGGCGCGCAUCCGAGUCACGUUGGACAGGUUUUGACACCGGUAUGAUCCCGACGUACACGCAUUUUUGCAGCGCUGGUUCCUUUCGUCGAAGUGCGCAAAUCUGUGUUGGAGCUUGACGUUGUCAGUGUAUCGUGACUUCCCACUUUCAGUGCCAACGAGUUUGUUUUGAAUCCCAGAUAGGUGCUUAGUUAGUGGAUGGGACCUAUUGUGCGAGGUACGUACGAAUCGAGGAGGCGGUUAGUCAAGUCUUGCUGACGAAAGCACCUUCAGGCCAAACAACCGGGGCAACGAAAUGACAAGCACUAGUACUACGGCGAGUUAUUCUUCGCUUCGUAGAGCACAGCUGACUUACGAAUACUUGCACACAAACAGGUAGUUAUGAGAAACCCUUUUUUUUGUUCGUUUACCCGCUGAUAAACUUUUCAUUGUCCUCUGGUUUAUAAAACCUUGUCAUAUAAGGGUAUUUAUAUCGUUUGCAAGCACAUGUUUUGAUCAUUUACGCGCGCUGAGAGGGUGGCUAAUUAAAACUUUGAUCGCACAAACAAUGACAGAACUCUGACGCAAAUAGCAGUUUUACCGUGGAGUUACUUUCAGUUUCUAAGUCACAGCGUGGACUUUCUAAAUUUAUUAGUGUUAAGGUCUAGCAAUCGCAACACACUGUGACUUUCAUUUAAGCACACUUGAAUACUCGUGGUGCGUACAACCGCGACUUCAUUUACCCUCGGGGCUUGAGUGACUCGAGUGUAAUAGUAUGUUAGAGCAUUAAAAACGCGAAUUAUUGAGCAGUGUUUGUUUCUUUCUACCAGCACAACACACGAGUUUCUGUUUGGAGCCUUGGCGGAGUUAGUGGAUAACGCAAGGUAUUUGUGAGCUUCAAUUACAACAAGAGCGUGAACAAUACCUCCUUCUGUACACUUCGAAAUGGGGCAACCUUCGUCCCACUAGCGAUGAAAAACACAUAGCGUUUUACUCCAAACAAUCAGGGAGUGUAGACAGUUCCAGGUCUCUUGUGAAAGCGAUUAGGAGUAGCUUUGUUUUUCAAUACUAGGUAGUGGAUUGUAACAUGAUCUUAAUGAGUGACUCCUAAUAACAUCACCUGCUUUCACACAAUAGAGGAUAUUGGCCUCACGAUUAUGUGCAUAUUUCCGAAUUUAUGUAUUUUAGCUGUGUGUAGGGUAUCUAAUUUUCAGUAGAUCGUGUCUGGUUCUUGAAAUAGAUUUAUCUUAGUCAUAGAAAAAAAAAAAAACAGGGAAUAAUAAAAGCACAACCUCAUUGACAGAAGCUCGUUGUAUUAAUUUUUUUAUUAAUUUCUAUUGUCAGAGAUGCAUCAUCAACAAAGAUCGACAUCUAUACAGGUUUGUCAACAAGUUAAACAGGUUUUAACAUUCCGUGAGGUCUUGUAAGACGAUAGGUUAAAGGUGUUUAUGACUAUGAAGAUGGACCGUCCUGCCAAGGUCAUUGGAUAUCCCAUGGUGACACAAAUGAGUCUUUCUUUACAGAGGGUCUCAACGGGGUUAAUCGUCAGCCGUCGAAAAGGGUGAUUUUUACCGUCAACAGUCAAAAAUGCAGAUUAGUGUUAACCGCAAAACAGAUUUCAAGGUAUCUCAAAUCUCACUAUUUCAGCUGAUCUUCACGGACUUCUAGCUCUUAAAGAAUCUCUAAUCUGGAAAACCCAGUUCCCAUGUUCUCAAAAACACUCUCUAGACAUUAGAAGACCCUAAAAUCUGCUUAUAUCUGAAAGUAUUUGGAAAUUUUUGGACGUGAAAGGCCAAGACAACCUCCAAGCACAAAAGUUAAUAUUAAUUUAUACAGAAGUUAAUACUUACUAUAAUCUUGGACUUAAUUUCCACUUUUUAACCGUCAUUCGUCAAAAGCUCUAAAAUUAACCGUCAAUGGACGAAUUGGAAAAAAAAAAUUAAUCCUCAACCGUCAAAGCUACCACCCCAUUGAGACCCUCUUUACAGUGGGAAAUUGUAGAAUGGUCUGAAUAGGCAAAAAAUGAAAUUAUUCCCUGAGAUCUUUAAACGCAAAUAGCUUAUUCAUUACUUAGUAAUAUUACAAUUCAUCAGUAAUACACGUUUUAGGAUUGAAGAUAUGUUAGGUAGAGCAAUGACCUAUUUAUGGAUUUCAGUGCUGUCAGUUUUAUAAACAGUGUGCAGAGAAUUGGACUGUGUCUCAGUUAAUAGUAUAGUAGUUUUUUUCUGAUACCUGGAUAUGAUUUUCCUGCUUUAUUGUUUACUCUCACCAUGGCAAUUCAAAUCUUUACUCUUAUACACUUUACUAUUAGAUUGCUAGACUAUUGUGUGAGAAAUAUUUUGUUGUUAUGUGUAUUGACAAAGUCAUAUCAAUUAGAACUUCUAAACUAUCCUUCAAUUAACCAUCUCUAAAUUGUUGUUAGUGCAAGAUAUUGAACAUGCAUAAUGUUGUAAGGUAACUGUUUUAGCAGCAUGGUUUGUUCUAAUAAUUGGCAAUUAUCUGAGUUAUUACCCCACUGAGGUAUUUGGGUACCAUUGGGUACUACUUGUGCCAAAAUUGAUUACACUUAAAAUGACAUCAGGAGACAGAAAUUCAUUCUCCACUUAAGAGUUGAGUUACCUUACCGGAGUUUUUCUUAAGCAGUUUUAUUCUCGAGUAUUUCGUCCCAUAUACUAACCAAGUGGUAUAUGGCAAGAUUGUAUUGCUUCAAACAUCACCUAUUAUUAGGCUCUUGCAUGGACUUUGCAGCUGCACCUGUACCUUUCUGUGUUAUGCAUCAAGGAAAGAAGACUUGUUGGGGCACAUAUUAGCCAGAGCUAGUCGUGGGAAGACUCCUGAUGUUGUUGUUUACACUUACCAUUGUCACUGAUUCAAGUCAUCACGUGCUAGGGGCAUGGGUUCUUCCAACGUGCAGCCUGUCUGAGGACCUUAAAUGGCUUUAAUAACUGUGCGUGUAUACACUGCUACGCCUUGUUUUCUUUGUCUUGAGUUCAAGCAAAGACAGGGCAGUCACCUGGGCUGAUUGAAUACUAAUAACUAAUUGACUUGUUUCCUAUCAUUCUUGAUAAAAUUUUAAUACAGUCGUUUGCUUUGUAUGAUGUUAUGUAAUAGUAAGGUCGGUCCACGGGUUUUAGUCAGAUGAAUCAAUACAGCUACAACCUCUACACAGGACAGCUAUUUGGUCGACUGGUAUUGUAAGGAAAAUUUCACUUACAUGUAUCAUCUUCAGUUUGUACAGUUAUCCUCUCUGUUUGUUCUGUGGUCUUAUCGCUCAAAAGUUAAGAUGAUUUUAUAAGGACAUAUGGGCCCUUUUUUCAUUUAGUAGGUCAUCCUUUAAGACGACACUAAUCAUACAGGUUUAAUCGUUGAUUUCAUAAAGAGACACAAGGCGUUUGGGUUUUACCCCAAACAAGGUUUGAUAGCAAAUUUUGAUUGGAAGGUUACAAGUUCAAAUAUCUUAGAUUGCUAGAGUAGAUUUAAAAGCGUAACACCACAAACUACCAGGGAAACGAAAAAAUGAUACAUACACAGCAAAGAUUUUCUUGAAUCAAAAUUGUGAAUUGUAAAUAUUUUACUAUCCACCUCCUUAGUUUUUUUUGUCAAGGUUAAUUUGCAACACCAAUCAGGGGAGCUUUACCAGACUGCUUGUGGCGAAGUUUCAUUUUACGAAGUAAUGUGUUAUGAAUUCCGCUUAAUGUUAGUUUGAAUUUGAAAUUGACCACCAUACCAGGGACUUCGUUCCCUACUCUUUACGAAACGCGUGUGGGUUCUUUAACGUCUCAUACGAUAUCUUAUAUGUGCAAAAGUUGUGAGACAGGGCCAACUGUUUAUCGCCCUUAUCCUAGAAGACCAGAAAGUCUAACCGUUUGUAGGUGUCAUUACGAAACCAGCCCUUUCUCCUCAGUUAGUCAAAGACCCUAAAGUGUUGGACCGGCCGAAGUUCUCCCUCGGCAAAUCGGCGCUUAUCCGAUUGAGCUAAUCGGGCGGUGGUAAGCACUAUCAGCGCAAGAGAUUCAACAAAAGCAACCUAGUUCGUUGACGGUAGACGCAAAGCCAGUGCUGGCGCCAGACCUUUAACAUCCUUCUUCUUCCCUCUUCUUCUCGAGGACGAGAGAUAUCCAACUGUGAUGCGUCAUACCCAGAGGCACAGUGCACUAUAUCUUGAUAUGCAUGAUCCGGGCCAACAAGUUAUGGCAGAAAAUGGCUUGUAAUACCCUGGCGAAAUGCGGCCAAUUGACCCACAUAACGCCUUUUGUCAGAUAUGAAAUUUAAUUUUAGUACAGGAUGAUAAGCGCAACAAGCAACCACUCCUUAUGGUCAUCAAACUCUCUGUAGUGGAACAGAAACUACCCCUUGGAAGGAGAUAGCUGUUGUCUGUCAUUAUGUCCCUACUAUUAGCUCAUUGCACAUUUCCUUAGAAAACCAAGAAGGACAUUGCUCAUAUCUAGCACAAUGGAAAAUUUACAUCGCCUUUUUGACUAUGGAGGAUAUCUGUUGGACAGUAUGCAGGUGUGUACGUUAAAAGGAGUAACAAUAAAAUCACGGGUUAAAUGGCUAUGAACAUCAGCGAUCGGCAACUGUCUUACAAAAUUGUCGGUUUAGAAGGUUGUUUGUAGAUGAUUUCGCUUCAUCGACGCAAAGUUGGUUCUUUCUACCUCAGGACCUAGUCGAUCGGUGUAACUAUGUUUCCAAGGUCUCACCACAGCUUUCAUAUGAGAAGGAGUUGGCUAGUGCGGUUGGCCUGGCUUGGAAAUAUGCUGUGAGACUUAGCCAUACAUGAACACGAGCAUACGCUUUUGAAUGGACCUCUGGGUGCUCUAUGGCGAAGCGAGAGCAACGAUGACGAGACAACUAACUAAACAGCUAGAAUGUUUAUUAAGGGAUGACUUACGUUCUCCUCAAUGUAAGGCUUUUAACUGCCUCUUUGUUCAGUCCGUCUGCUCUUGCUUUGAUGCAAACUAGUUCUCUUCUCUACUACUUCUCUUUAUUUUUAUAUUUGCUACCUUAUGAUAUAUGGUUCUUUUCUUUUAUGGUAUUUGGAAUUAACUGCUUUCUUAUUAUCUCGGAAGCUAAAAAUAUUGUGCGAAGCUUUGUCAGUGGUUCUGGUGCAGGUUAAUAACUGAUUUCAAUUACCAAAGUAAAGUUAAGGAAAACUGAGAAGCACAUUUUUUACGCAGCACUUUUUAAGUUACCUAUUCCUUUGAAACUAAACUUUAGGAUUGGAAACCUUGUUAAUUGUAAACAAAGGACAACUUCCUAUUCAAGAAACACAGAAGUUAGAUUAACAUAUUAGAAAGAGGUAUGCUACUCUUAAUUAAUGUAAAAACGGAAAGCUUAAAUCAAUGUAAAAUGGACAGUGAACCCAAGGUUAAUUGGUGAUAGGUAAAAGUGGCCAUUUAGAUAAGUAUUUUCGAGAAACGUCAAGUUUAGAGACGAGAUAUCCCACUCUUAAAAUCCCAGUUUAUUUACGGACACACGAAAGGAGAAAUUCUUACCUCUCUCGUGAUCAUAAACCACAGAAUUCGUAAAAAACAUUACGAUAGUAUAGUUGGUAUAGAAACCUGUGUUGUACCUUCUAAAAAGAGGUACACAUUUUGAGAUUCUGGGCGUGAUGCAGGAAAAGACCACCUUUAUUAUUUACCGUUCUAAAUGUAAAUACUCAUUAGUAAAUUGAUUAUAGAUACAUUUUGUUUUUUUUUUCCGUCUUAGCAGUUAAACUUGGAAAAAUCCACAACUCUAAAAGCUUUCUUGAAAUAACGAGUACUGGUUUAUGUCAUUUAUAUUUCAAAUUGGUUAGAUUAGAAUUGUCGACAAUCGACAACUAUCAAUCUUGAUAAUUCACUUUUUAUAUUUUAAAUGUUUUGUGCAGUGGGUUUCAUGUUUACUCGUCCCAUUAUGGAUACAUUAAGCUGAAUCACAUUAAAGGACGAUUUUUUGUUAUAGAUUAUCAAAAAGAUUUAUGGCACUUUUAUCAAAUUGUCAUAUAAUUUUGAAAUUGGGGAGGUCAGUCCCGUGACAAGCUGCAGUUCUUCUUCUUCUUUUUAAACAAAGUGAUAAACGCCAUAAUGAGGAAAAACCGGACCGCAACUCUUAAAGAUAUCUUCGUACUACUUAUUUUUACUUUGGUUAACGCCACAUUGUAGAGAACCCUGUUCCCCGAAGGAUUUUAGAUGUAAUCUACACCGUAAUUUUUAGGGAGUUAUUAUAACUCCAAAAAUGGAGUAAACAUUUUAGGUACAGGAUAACCCCUUUUCUGGGGUUAUUUUAACUCCUAAUUUAACUCCGAAUUUGGGCUCAUUUGGAGUUCUUUUUACUCCCCGUCUGGAGUUAAGAUAAUUACGAAAUGGGGUUACUUUUACUCCGCACGUGGGUUGUUUUUACUCUUUUUGGAGUUAAUUAAACUCUGAAAGUGGAGUAAAAAUUUUAGGUACAGGAUAACUCCUUUUUUGGGGUUAUUUUAACUCCUCAACAUCUGAGGUCAUUUUUACUCCUGAAAAAGAGUUCUUUAAACUUCCUUUUGGAGUUAAAAUAACUCCCAAAAAAUAACUCCACUGUUAGGAGUUGAAUUAGCCCCACUAGAGGAGUUAUUACAACUCCCUGAAAAUUACUGUGUAGGGUUGAGGCAAGUUCAAAACUAAGAUUUUUUUAAAAAAAAACCUUUAACCUAGGGCUUAACUGAAGCUUAUAAAAUAUGGUUCAGCCUUUACUCCGAGAACCAGUCAUGAAAACACAAAACGAUUCUCUAAAACAAUCUGUAGGAGGGGUAAAUACAAUCUAAAAUUAACAUUGUAACCAUGGAUUAGCGCAAAACCGUCUGAAAAUCUGGUGACCUUUCGAUACAAGAAAUUUCGUUGAUAACGCCAUCACACGACUGACUGUGCACCUUCCUCAUAUAAUCCAAUGUGAAUAUCACACUCAGAAAAAGGAGUAUACGCUGCAGCCAUCUAUGUAAGAGAGAUUAAGCAUCGCGUUUACGGCAAACGUGAUUUUGUACUUGUUUUCCAUUUACUUUUCGUUUACAAUUCACUAUAACUACGCGAAAAUAGGUAGAUUUACGCCAGUUCUAUCCAUAACAACUGUCUGAAGCCGUUUUUAUCUGCUCGUUUCUCAUUUUGCAAAUUUUUCAACUUGAAUCUGUUGCUUUAAACGUGAUGCUUAAUCUCUCAACUAAGGUCAGUUGAGAGGUAUCAAACAUGAACAUCCGCUGCGACUCAGGUUCACUUAACCAUCGAGGCCACGUAUAAUUUGAAGGCACUGAUAAUUUUCACUGGAUCGCGGGCUCAAGGUUCACUUUCUUGUCAAGGGUAUCACGUUUGAUUGUUUUAUGUCUCAGUGAAAGACAAUUUUUCAUCUCUACUUUUCAAUGUACCGUAAAAAAAUGGAAAAAAAAAAUUCACGGUUUUUCGCAAUCUGUGGUAACUCUGUCUCCAUCCUCUACAGACAAAAUUCAACAGUUUCCGUUUGUCCUACCAACAAAGCUACCUUAAUUUAUAUUGAAUUCUCCCACUUAGUACGAUGUAAUGGUGUGUUGAACAAUUAAUAUAUCUAUGACUUUACUCUCCGAUCCAUGAGACUCUCCGUAGCUCAGUGGAUAGAUCCCCCCUUCCCCCGUAAUCGGGAGGUCAUAGGAGGGACUCAAAGAUUUUUUCUUUUGCCCACGCUCGUGACCUGCUGUUUUUCACAUCUUUCACAACGGCACAGUUUUUUUUUUCUUGAGAGACAAUGUUUAGUUCUACUCGCUCAUAAAGUUAGUGCAAAAAGCUAACUUUGCGCUGUUUGACUUCUGAUGAUUUCACAGAACCUUGCGAGACUUGCAGAGGGAAGUUCAUUUUAUGUUUUCUUGAUGACGGCGAUGGCAUGGAUCCAUGUAAGUGUUUAGUUCACAAAGGUGGCUUUUCGACAGGCUAUGAAACUUCAAUAAGCUAAUUCAAGUUAAAUUGUAGAAGGAAAAGAGGUUCAUAUCAGAAUUUCGGGCGUAAGUAAAAUGGCGCUUAAUUAAAUAACCGUCAUUGUAUUUAGUGAGGACACUACUUAACAUUUCCUGAAGUCAGAAUCGACACGUGAUACCCUGCAAAAGAAGUAUCCUGCGGGUAAAUAAAUUGUAAUAACCUCGAACCUCCUGCGGAAACGGAAAGUUCCAAAAAUGACGGUGAAGAUGACAGUGUGUGCCAGGGAAAGGAAGUUGUUCGAAUUAUCGGGAGGCUCGAGAAACCGAGGGUUCGAGAUUUAGAUGUGCUUUUCUUGGCGUCCUCAAGUACGUUGAAAGGAUGGUGACGCUGUGGUGGAUUCCCAGCCAGGGUUUUUACUUUCACGUUUUUAAAAUUUUAAAUGCGAGGUGUUUUCCUUCACUUUGCAGCGGAAGUUGGAAAUGUGGUCCAGUUUGGGCGAUCGGUUAAACGCAACGUGGAUUCAAGAAUGAUUGGACAGUAUGGCAACGGUCUCAAAUCGUAAGUGUUGAAUCAGUCACCCUAUGCUUAGUUCCAAAUCUGUUUUGCAUGUCUUAUAUGAAAAGCGACCUUUUGUUAGUGAUUCUCUCCCUCCUCUACUCACACAUCGAAGUUAAUCAGUAGGAACGCAGUGAUAAACUUGCCUACGAGCAAGCUUUCCAUUUCUGCACGUGCCGCUCACAUGAGACUCCUUGCAAUUCGCCUAAAGCUUCGCAGAGUUUUUCAUACAUAAAGUGCAAAAUCGUCCAUGGUUCAGCCGCUUAUUGACAGUUGGUUUGCAAAAUAUAGUAACUUAAUUUUUAAUUCUUUGCUUCAUAGUGGCACCAUGCGGAUAGGAAAAGACAUGAUCUUGUUUACAAAAAAGUAAGUACCAUUUCAUUUUUGCCUGGACUCCAUUGCAGUGUUGUUGUUUUAAAAGUAAGUAGUGACCUUUUUCUUUUCUUACAGGGGAAACACCAUGAGCUGUCUGUUUCUUUCAAGAACUUUCCAUGAACGCGAGAAAAUUGAAGAAGUAAGUGUUUAAAAUGGUUCUGCGUCAGCGUUCGGAGCAAUGUAUUAUGUAGCUGUUAGUUGAAAACAAUAGAUAACGUGCUCUUGUUAUUUGCUCGAUUCAAGGUUGUAGUACCCAUGCCGUCCUGGGAAGUCUCUUCCAAGAAACCGCUGGCGAAAUCCAAGCGUGAAUUGGAAAAGGUAAGCAGCUUUACUCUUGAACACACACCUAGCGGUGUUAGUUUGGUACACUGAACCUUUCUCUUUUGGUUUAACAGACUUAUCCUUUGCUUCUUUAACUAGCAUCAAGUCGAAACCAAUCUCAUCUUAAAGUAUUCGCCAUUCAAGACGGAAACGCAGAUGUUUGAACAGUUUAAUAAAAUUGUAUCAAAAGGUGAGUAGAAAAUGCAAAGUUAGCCAGACAUGUUCUAAUUAAGGCUGGUUUUCACUAGUGACGGAGUCGCAGUCGCAGUCUUAAGAGGUGUCGCAAGAGCGGUUUUGACGUUGUGAAAAUCAAAAAUCGGAGUCGUAAGCAGAGUCAUAAGAGCGACAGAGUCGGAGUCGAAAGGAUCAGUACGUUUCCAUUUUCUUCCGACUCCGCUUACCACUCCGCUUACCACUCCGCCGUUUACGAUCUAGUGAAAACCAGAUUAUCGGCGUCGGAAGCGGAAGGAUAAACCAAUCACAAUGCACGUUCCCACGCUUUGUGAUUGGUUUAGGAUUUCCGGUUCUGCUUGCGACUUCGACAACUUAGUUUUCACUUGAUCGUAAAGAACGGAGUCGGAAGCGGAAUCAGAACGCUGCUUUCUCUAGAUCGUUUAGUGCUACGCUUCUGAUUACGACUCCGACUUUGUCGCUAUUGAAAACCAGCCUUUAAUCUUUUUCAUUCUUUGCGAUGACCCACUCAAAAUCGGAAUCUUGGUCAUUACAGGAACACUUGUUGUUGUGUACAACCUGAAGCUCAUGGAUAACGGCGAGCCAGAGCUUGACGUGAGUAUUGGCUUCAUGAGCUGACUGUCAGUGUUGCUUUACUGUGCGCGCGUAUUGUAGUCGGACUGUUUUACAUAGUAUGGAAUUCUUUUGGCUUUUGUUUUGGAUAAUUAACGGUGAAAAUAAUUCAUGGCUACUUAUUAAGAAUUUCUUCCGAAGGUGACGAACACAUCCACGUCUUGCUGUGUCACAUUCGUCCACAAGUUCUUCUUGUUUUCAGACCGAACUAGAAGUUUGAUGCUAUAGCGCCCUCCUCCCUUACUGUACUGCUCCUUGCAGGCCCAAUAACGGCCAAUUAAUCCUGUUUUUCGUGUGUUCUUUCAUCGUCUUACAUACUAGUUCAAGUACACGCCAUAAACUCAUAGCGUCGAUAUCAUUUCAUACACAGAUAGUGAGUGAUCCUUAUGACAUCAAGAUGGCGGACCCUUACGCUGGAGAGAAUGUUGCGGAUUAUGACAUGUAAGUGUUAUCCACGUUCUGCUCUUUCCCUAUUCAUUGAUGUUAACCGCUACAGUAAGCGCGGCGUUAAAGCAAAAUCAGUCAGCCAGACUGUCUUUUUAUGAUAUCACGGAUACGUACCCCCACCUCUCUAAAAUGUUCUGGUAUUUUCAUUUGUCGAAGCGUAGCAGUCGACGUCCAUACUUCAUACUAAGGGAACUUAUUACGUUGUUUUAUAGGAUUAUGCCUGAACGGAGUUCUUUUAGAGCCUAUACUGCUAUUUUGUACUUGGAUCCACGGAUGAAAAUUUACAUCCAGGUUGGUGGAGGCAAUUACAGGUGUCCCUUUGCUUAGCCUUAAUUAAAUGAUACUUUGUGUGAUAUGUGUCACCGUUUUGUUUUAGAAAAAGAAGGUGCAGACGAAGAAACUGACAGCUUGCCUUCACAAGACCAAGUAAGUGGUCUUUCAACACCCUUCUUUCGGAUAUUCGCAGAGCAUUAGCUUAAGUGAUAAACCACUGUUACCACAGAUAAUAGUCGAGACUAAAACUGACUUGGAGAUGUUUGGUUGGGUAGAACACUCCCUCCAUUGUUUUAUAGCCUUUCAGUGAACAAUAAUUCGUUAACAAAUUCAAAGCAAAAGUAAUAGUUUCCUAUUCCAGGAGAGAUUUUAAUGGUGUUCUUUCUCAUGAAUUAUUUAUGAUAAAAACCAUUUUCACAUUUCAGAGAUGAGAAUCUAGAAUAGCUAUCAUUUAAGAAAUCAAGCUUUAAGUUUCUCUCCAAGGGCGAAAUUUAGGAAACUUGGAAACUUCAACAACAAACUUUUGCCCAGAAACGUAAAUGAUCACUUAUUCACAAGCAAACUUUAAUGGUAUUAAUGGAAAGAUGAAACUUAAAAGGUCCAACUUACGGUUAAUUAUGCUCAUCUUUGUAGGUGUUAUCAUUUUACAUCUAAACGAUUCAAGACAAGAUCAGAAAAGGAGGCCGAGAAGGCAGACCGAGAGGCAAAAAUAGGUAAGUCAUACUUAACAAGUAUUUGUUAAAUUUAAAGUCACCGGUGCCUUUGAAGUUUGUUCAACAUUAUUCAAAAGGAACGAACGAGUUUUUCGUAGGGCGCGAUGGUAGUUUUCGAUGCUUGUGAGUGAUAACGGAGAGAUUAAGCAUCACGUUUACGUUAAACGGCAAACGCGAAUUUGUACCACGUGACCAAGUUUCCCCUUUGCUUGUCGCCAACUGUUUAUUAUUUCUGCACAUAAAUUUGUAGUUUCAGGCAAUUUUUUAUCCAUAAGAAUCUUCUGAGCCGUUUUCAUUUGCUCAUUUUCUAUUUUGAGAAAUUCUCAAUUUCAAUCUGACGUUUGCCGUAUACGUGAAGCUUAAACCCUCUAAUGUGUUUAGACUUAAAAAAGCACAAAAGAAAGUAUAGAAUCAAACAAGGUUGAAAUGAAAGCUAUGUCUCUUUGCCGGUUCCCAUCGAAACCCUUCCCCCACCCUCUUCGUCACACUUACUACUGAAUUACCGUAUCCCAUUGGUUUUGAUUCUUAUUCAAUUGCAGCCGAAGAGAAAGCAAGAGAGCUAGAAAUACAGGCCAGGUAUAAGAGUGAUACUUCCUGAAAUAUUUUGUCAGUUGACUUGUGUUGCUUAUGAAGACAACUGCCCAACCGCGUUCGCUUAAUAUACCAAGUUAAGUUUUUCAAAAAUCUUCUUUUGGCAGGGAAAUUCAAGAACAGGCAGAGCAGACGUCAAAAGAUAAAAGGGUAUAUUAUAUUUUUUUUCUUGUUGAACGGCACUUCUGCACGUCGCCAGUUCAAAGUUUACAAAAAGUUGGUUCAGUGCAAACCUUCGGCAAUUUUACGUUGCCCUCAAGUGGUUAUUCUAAUAGCAUUGCGCUACCCAAUAUAUUAAAACUGCCGAUGUGUUAGAGUUACGCCAAAUAUCGCUGAGUGUUCUUACACUAAGCUAUUGCCUUGUACGUACAUUUGCAAUUGUGUCAUUCCUUUAAUUAACCCGCUAGAUUAACUGUAGACUUUCUAAAAGUCCCUUUUUCUUCCUGGUUGAUUAUGCCAACUUCGUCGCUCGCUCGGUCGCUGCGCGACCUCAUGCAUUGUAGCUCGCUUCGCUCACUUUUAAGAACCUAUGCGAGGCCGACUUGUAGCUAUAUUAACUGUAAUCUGCUUUGGACUCCCUUUAUGUGGUAUUUUGUUUUCGCCUCUUUCUUUUAACUGAAGUCUCUUUUUGGCUAGGUGGAGCUGAGGAAGGCACAAGCUCUUGCGUCAGAAGCCCGGGCAGAUGCUAACUUGAAAACCAAAAUUGCUGAUGCUAAGAAGAAGUACGUACUAUGCGCAAUUUUCCUGGCAAGUUUGAUGCGAUUGUUUUCCCUUGUUAACUAACUGUAUGCGAAUGAUUUUUCGUUUAGGUCAAUGAAAGAACCCAAAACUCUCAGCUUCACGUUUGGAAUGAAUAUUGACAACCGUAGGUGCUAUGGAAUGUUUAUCUACAACUGCAGUCGGUAAGUUAUCGUGAAUAUUCGUUUGUUUUGCCUAAAUUGGUUAUUUUCAACGAAUUGCGUGUACCUAUAAAAAAGUCUCAAGAGUGACGUCCUUUUCCGUGCAGUAUUCUCCGGCAUCCACGGUCACGAAUUAGUUUACCGAUAAUUCCACCAACAUUUACGGAUGUCUUAACCCUUACGUUACAACUUGCGGUCAAGCAUAUGCUGUUCUAAGAUGAUGACGAUGUUUAACUUGUUUUGACAGGCUUAUACGGAUGUACGAAAGAGUGGGGCCUCAACUUGAGGGUGGAGUGUAAGUCAUGAAGACCAAUUUUGUUUGCUUGGGAGAUUUUCACUGUAGGCUCUGAUGACCCCUUCAGUAUGUUUGGUCGCCUAACCGAGGUUUUUGGAAUUAAAGGGCAACUGCGGGUAAUGCAGAGUCUCCGAUUAUCGUUUUCACUGAAUUCUGAAAACAAAUGCUUUAAAUUCAGAAGACAAUCGUGCAAUUUUCGACCAUCGAAGGUGUGUGAAUACUGAUGAUUACUGCAGUACGAUUGUAUCAUCGUGAAUGACUCCAAAAAGAACUUAAGUUGGAUGUCGGGGCGACAAUUCAGAAAUCAUAACGAGUUGAUACCACUGUUGAGUGGGAAUGUAGACACUGAUAUCCAGUUUCCUUCUUUAUGUAUUAUGUUUCCAAAGAAAGUAAAUAAAAGAUAAGGAAGAAAGCUCGACAUACCGGCGUGACCAAUGAAGCAACUGAACAACUGUCAUAUAACUCACGAAAUUCGAGGCAUAUCCCCGGAUAAAGCCCAAUCGAAAUGCUUGUGGGGUUACUUUUCACUAAUCUACUUUUUCUCCGGGUACUCCGGUUUUCACCUCUCCUCAAAAACCAACAUUUCCAAAUUCCAAUUCGACCAGGAAUCAGGUGGAAGAACCACUACGUGGAUGUGCUACCUGCAAAUCAUUAUUUAUUUAUUUAUUUUUAUUUACUAAUCAUUGUUCGUAAACUUUCUUUUUGCAGGAAAUGUUACGGAGUCAUUGGUGAGUUUGUUUAGUGCUGUGCUCUUAUGUGCCCAAAGUGAAAUUUCUCCAUAAUUUCCUAAUGUGUAUUAUUUUCUCUUUGUUUUAUUUCUACUAGGCGUGGUAGACGUGCCCUACCUUGUACUAGAACCCACUCACAACAAGCAGGAUUUUGCAGAUGGAAAGGUAUGAGAGCAUUAAGCCAGCAUCACGUAUUUUCUUUUUUUCCUCGAAGGCCGGUAUCGGUCCAUACAUGGUCAUUUUGUCAAGACAGUUGAAUUUUCACUAAGCGGCCACCCUCUGUUAGGCAGCAAGUAAUCGAAACCAAAAUAAUUGUAGAAAAGAAUUGUAAGUUACACCUCCUUUAAGCGACCACCUCUAUCAAGCGGCCGCUCCAACGUUUGGCAUCCCGACGAUUGUUUUUCUAUUUGGCCUUGUUUUAAAAUUAUGAAGAAGAAAAAUACAGUCAAGAGAUAGUUGACGACUGCCUAUGGACCUGUAACGUUUCUAUUCAGUUAGAUCAUGAUAUAUUGUAGUAUUGUUCGUGCAAAGUUGGGAGAACUUCACCACAGCAUUGUGAGAAGAAUUUGCCUGUUUGUUAUAAUACUCUAGUUUUGUUCAGUAGUAGACCUGUCACUUGUGCUUAAGUUGAAGAAGCCUCUACAGGUGUUUGUUUCUAAAUAAAGUGAGGUUUGUGCUAAAAGAUCGCACCUCCAUUCAGCGGCCAACUUUAUGUAGCAUCAACACCAGAUCAGCUAUCAUUUAACUGGUCGUUUUAUUCUUUCUGCAGGAAUUUAAGCAUUUAACAAGAGCGUUAGGAGAACACCUUGAACAGUUUUGGAAAGACUCGCAAAUUGAAUGUAAGUAACCUUUUCUUGUUCACAAAAAGACUGAAAUAAACGACUAGGAGUACUUAGUACUCAAAUAGGGCGAAUACCAGUCUACAACAUAAUGUUGCAAAAAAUUAAACACGAGAUUCCAGAGGCUCAUAGCAAUAAAUACUUUAAUUAUUUUUAUCAUAAAUUAGAUGCUAGAGGUAGAGGUAGGAUAGGUAGUUGUUAAACAGCUCGGCAAGUUUGGAUGUGACCUUAGUUGCUCAAUUUGAAUAUCAAGUUUUAGCCAAUGCUUUAAGAAUAUGUUUCUCGUGUUCUUAUGAUUGUAACAUGAAGAUUUAUUCUUUGUUUUAACAGCUCAUGGAGUGACAAAGUUUUGGUAAGUUAAGUGUGGCAUGGAAUAUUGUCGACAAUAAAAAAUCGGCCUUAAUUAAUACUUCCUUUCAACUCGUUCUUUUUCAGGGAGAAUUUCGGUUAUAUAAGUAGCAGAUGGACAGACGGCCCGUCCGUGGACCAGAAGUAUGUGAGGAAGAGAGCGAUGCAGAUACCUGUAGAUGUGCAGUGCGGUAAGUUAAAACAUGUAACGCAUAAGUUCCUCUUAAUCACUACACAAAAGAGUUUUGGAAUGUGUGCCGGGUUUUUAUAUCCAGUAGUAGAGCACUGCUGCUGGUGAAUUUAUUCAAGGUAACAUGGAUAUAAAGAGUAAAUUAAACGAUAUAGCGUUCGUUAGAGGACACGAUCUAGAGAAAGUCUACAAAUUGUCACGUGUUGGUUGAAAUGUUUUAGUUAGAAAGUUGUAGUGUUCGUGGAGACGGGCACUAGUUUUUGAGUGAAUGCAGGUCUUUAGUUCUACUUUCUCCCGGGAAACACACCCUGCUUUAGUUAGUGGAAGGCUGUGCCGCGUGUUGGACGCAACGAGGGCACUGACUAUAGAACUUUAGCAGGGGAAGCUUUCCCACGAACUGAAUGCCAAUUAUGAGGGAAAAAUAGCUUUACUAAAUGUACAUUUUACGCCUACAUAUACCUCGAUAUAUGACGACAGAUGUCUGUUAUUCUUCCAGACAUUUGUCUUAAAUGGCGGCGGUUACCAUUCUCCCAAAGAAAUGUCGGCCGCACAUUACCUGAUGAAUGGUGUUGCGCAAUGCAUCCAGAUACAAAUUGCAACAGGUUUGUGCCCAUUUUCAUUCUUUUUACUUUCUUUUCUCCUCUGCUUCUUGUGCGUUUACUUUCUUCUUAUUACGUUGAAAUGAGAGUUGACAUCCCCGCCGUCUUCCUCUGGGUGUGAUGUACUCUUCACGGCAAAAUGAAAAACAGUAGACUUAAACGGUUGAAUAGCAUGGAAGACAAAACUUAAUCUACGAUCACAUUUUUGAACGGACAAAACUUGCACGGCUCCGCCUUUCGUAUACAUGGCACCCGUGGAACCAUGCAAGUGUUUGAAGUGACGGCAAAGUGUGCAUGUUUUUGUCCUGAUUAGAAGUAGGUUCAGUGUAAACGGGUUGCACAGGUUAAAAAAAUUCGUCCGUUAAAAAAUUUGCGCGGACGCGUGUUAAUGGGGUCUAACUACAUACUCUGCUUACGUACCUUGAUAUCAGCUGCAUUUUGAAACACAGCCAGCACGUCAUCCUAAUGUGUAACAAAGAUUUUAGUGCUAAUAGUUUUUUGUGCUGUUAUGUUUCAGCUGUUCGCGGCCCGAACAGAAAGUCGCCAUACCAGUUGGCGUGUUGCAGAAACAAGUAAAGUCAGCAGAAGAAAAGGAGAGAGAAUUGGAGGAGAGUAUCCGCAAGAAUCAAGAAAAGAUUCGUCAAAUACAGGUAUUGGAUUGUUAUUUCUUGCUUCGCCGGUCCUUGACUGUGCACUUACCGUCAAAGACGUCAAUCGUUAAGUGUUUUCGCGGAGAUUUGAUGUUGCGAAAAUAGAAGAGACAGUUUUCAUGAGAUUUGAAUGUCUUGAUUUGGCAAAAAAAUAUUGUUAGAAGGAACAUAUGUCGCGAAAAUCUCCCUUGUGAGGAGAAAAAGGUUUUCUCGCCUUAAAAUAAUGGAAAAAAAAAACUUUCUUUUACAAUAAUAUCUUCAGUGUCCUGUAUGUGUUUCUUUUUGGCAGCGUCAAAGUACACCCCAAGCUGCAACGGAAAGUAAUAGAAUUCAACUGCAGGCAAUUUCACACAAGAAGGUAUGUUACGACCUGCUCAAUAGGGAAAACAGAGAAAUCUAACUACAGUUCGUGAUCGACCAACUUGAAAUAAAGCUCUUUUAUUACCUCAAAGCUCGUUGCAGCUUUGCAUAUUUAGAGUUAGUAAGUAAUUCGCCCUAUUUUUCUCUUUGCACGGUUUCCUUUGUUCCUUUUAGCGGAGUAUAUUACAUAACCCGUAAUUAUUAUUCACUGUCUGUAAAGUUGGUGGAAGCUUUGUAUCAGGGGAUUGUGGGGCUGAAACACUAGCUGAUAACAGUAACAAAACUAUUCAGGAUAUAUUUCCCCUGCUCAUACUCCCCUCUACGGUGGCCCACAAAUGUCACGGCAAAACCAAAAACCUCACGGCAAACACAAAAUAGCUUUGGUUUUGCCGUGGGUAUUUGCUUUUGCCGUGUGGUAUUUGGUUUUUGCUGUGAAGUAUUUGGGUUUGCGUGAGGUCUUUUGUUUUUGCCGUGAGGUUUUUGGUUUUGCCGUGCGGUUUUUGUUUUUGCCGUGAGGUUUUCGGUUUUGCCGUGAGGUAUUUUGUUUUUGCUGUGAAGUAUUUGGUUUUGCCGUGAGGUUUUUGGUUUUGUCGUGAGGUAUUUUGUUUUUGCCGUUAGGUUUAUGGUUUUGCCGUGAGGUAUUUUGUUUUUGCCGCGAGAUUUUUGGUUUUGCCGUGACAGUUGUGGGCCACCGUACCCCUCAACAUGUUUAACCAUCCCAUUAAAACAUUACAAGCCAGAAUUUUGAAUUUCGAUUUAAUGAACUUACCACAUUUUCUUAGUCGGCAGUUGUCAUUGCGCAAUGUUUUUCGAACUAGAAAUUCGCAAAACCGGCCCUAUCACUUUUAAAUAAAUUUGACAGAACAUCUCCAACGUCAACCUGCGAACAUCCUGGUUUGCAAUGUGACUCGCUGGACGACUGACAUAAAAAUCUGUGGCGGUGGAAGGUCCAAAAGAGUUUCCAAAACUGCUCUGCCUUAACGUUAAGAAUACUUUUCCCUCUGAGUUACUCAUCUCUUUCUGGUAAAAGUACUGUUUGAUUACUUGAAUACUUUUCCGUCUGAGUUACUGAUCUCUUUCUGGUAAAACUACUGUUUGAUAACUUCACAUGAAUUGGCCAAUUUCUAUAUUUUGGAAAUUCAACCUCAAACAAUUCGCCCUCGGGGCCUUACCAGGGGAAUAUAUCACAUACCCCCGAGGGACAGGUAAACAACCCUUACAUUUGCUAACGAGUAAAAAAACUGGUCACGAAUAACGAUAUGCGACAAUGAAGCUUCUUAGGAUCGUUUGCAGGAUGAUAGUCCAUAAACACGGCUCAGUACGACUGUUGUGUUCCACACCUGAGUGUUAUUUUUGUCGGGAAUGGUGUUUCAGAAGAGGUUAACUCACCUCACGGGUGGGUAACCUGUGACUCUUUGCGGAGGAAAAGAAUGUUGCCAACCAAUCAAGUGCAAACAUGGAUUUUUCAAAUACCCUUAGGUGAAGCUUUGAAAUGAUACAUGUCUGCAAAAAUCCCCGAGGGGAGGGUUUCACUUUCUGGCCCACGGACUAAAUCUUACUAUUAUAGAAUUGCUAAAGGCCCUGAUCUACCAGGUGCGUCACCUUCAUUCAGAAUAACCUUGACAGCGUUGAGAGCCUUUCUGUCGUUCCAAACGAUCCUAAAGCCUUUGUGGUGAUAGGUCGUACUACAAUAGUUCCCGCUAAGUACAUUAAAAUAGUAAGAAUUCCCAAUAUGCGAGACUUUUGUUAAUAGAAUAUACUUACCGUUUACUCAGGUGGAAAGGACAUCUUCAACUGAGAGUUCCAACUCCUGUAAGAGUGAUUCCUCCGAGGUAGGUCGAUGACAUUACGCAAGAAGCUGUUAACAGGGCACGAGUUAAAAUGUACCACUCAUACUUGUUUCUUCAUUACGUGCCAUGUUGGGAAUGGCAUCCUCCCUUUACUCAUGAAAUACUUUUGUAUUUCACAAACAGAAGCGACGGCCGCCAAGUAAAGCAGCCGUGGCGGAGAGUACAGAUGAACAGAGAAGAAAGAAGUCGGUACAGGAGGUCAGUCCAACAUCGGUAUCAUAUUAUUACUAAGGAGAAACUCGUGGAAUCCAACUGUCUUUCUUUUGCACCACAACUAUACUUACGGCUCAGGGGCCAGUUGAAUAAAAAGCUUACGUCAGACGUCUGGUGUUUUAAUAGAGUGUGACCGGCUCUUACGAGCGAAGCUGAGUUUUAUUCAACUAGACCUUAAACAAAGAGAUCAGAUCAGUUUGCAUUUAUUUCUAAUGCGUUUCUCAACUCAUCCUUCAGUAAUGUAACAGUGGAACCUUGAUAUAACGAACCUCUACAUAACGAAGUCCUCGGUAUAACGAACGAUUGUCUUUACUCUAGUAAUAGUAAAAUAUAUGGAAAAGAACCUCGUUAUAGCAAACAAAAAUUUCCAGUCCCUUGACCCUUCAUUUAAUAUAUCGAGGUUUCACUAGCCGCCGGUACUGCCUGCGAUACUACCCCGACAAAUGAGGGCAAAGCACCGCCGGCAACAAGAAACAUCGCAGGUCUUUACCGCCGGCAUGCCUGCGAAGUUGAACUCGAGUCAACUUACUGACAUGAUCUCUGUUGCCGGCAACUUCUGUUCUCAUAUCGAAACGUAGCUAUGUCGCAGGUAGCUCGGCGGCAUAUGAGAACCAGGUUUAAGGAAAGUGUCGCCCGUCCUCUCCAUAUUCAGUACGGGUUCUGAGAGAGCCGAAGAUGUGUUAGGUCUCCCUUAAACAACCUAAGAGAAAGGUCUUCCUAGAUAAAAGUACGGUCUCCUUCAUUAAACAUGAACGGAGAAAGGUCGUUGAAUAGAUAGAGGUCUUAAUACUUUCCGACGGUCGCGAACCCUUAAAACAAACUUGCCUUUUGCCUUUGUCGUAGCCACUGAAAAGACGAAACGCAGAAUCAAGCCGCGUUGAAGAGGUAAGAAUGUUUCUUUUUCUUUCCUUCACCUGGUUGGUGGUUGUCAACAACUGUUUGAUUGUUUUAUAAUGUCACUUAUGUAAUUCAUUUUUCGUCUCUUAACAGGAAGUACAACCUAAAAGGAAAAAAAGUGAGGAGACAAACACAAAGGUAGGGGCGCUGUUGUCCCAAAAGUUAGAUCGGUUUAAAGGGCUGUCGUUUAUACUGAGAUAAACAGCCAACCAGCUAAUAAUGGUAUUUUCAAUAUUUGAAACGAACAGUUGACAACUUACUCGUGGCCCUUCAUAACGGAUUCAUCUGUGAUAGGUAACUUGACACAACAUAGCAGCUACAAUCCAAUAAACCGUUCAAACAAGUAUUCGUUCAGGUAUAGGAAAUUAGCAGUAGCAUGCACUAUGUCUUGCAAAAACGGUUUUCCGGGGCAAAACUCUCUACACAACCAGAACAAAUAAGGCUAACAGGCAGUGUGGAUAAUAAUCCUUGCACGUAAGCAACGGAUAACAAUGUAUUCCGUUCGUUUACCCCAACUACUUCAGAAAAAGGUCAUGUGCAUGCAAUCGAUACCACACUUCACAAAAACACACACGACACUAACACCUGAUUGUAUAGGCUACACCUUUCACACUUAUCAUUUCAAAGGGAUUAUGCAGGAUUGUUUUUCACAUUGUGGAAACUACUUUUUAAUGCGAGCAGAGUGCAGACAGGAAGGAAAACCACGUUAAAAGAAAACAGGAAACGCCACAGCGGGAAGAAAGGCAAGGAUCUCCGAGACAAGAGAAAAAGGAAACUUCAAGGCAAGAGAGAAAAGAACCUGCAAAGCAAGAAAGAGAAACCAUAACGCAAAAGAAACAGCAAACAACAAAGCGAGAAACUCCAAAACAACAAGAAUCGAGAACAGAAAUACCUGGACAACAAGAGCUGACAGAAAUGGAACAGAUACGACAAGAGCAGCUCAUGGAAUGGAGUAGCGAGGGCGAAAGUGAAGGAACAUUACGUAAGUAGAGUUUAGGUUUGCUCUUUGUGUAUUCUGUGUGUGAAAGAAGUAAGCAAGUAAAAGCUUUAUUAGAGCGGUUUUCACUUGACUGUCGUAAAACCAAAACCAAAGUAAAUACACUAGCCAACCAAAGGGCGUAGUAAAACCAAAUCCAAAACCAAAACCAAUCCCUUUCGACAGUCAAGUGAAAACCGCUCUAAUGUGUCAAUGUAUUUAGUUUUCACAACUAAUUGGGGACACAAAAAUAAAAAUUAUUUACAAAUAAGAAAUAAUAAUAAUAAUGUAUAUACAAUUAAAAUAUGUAGCAUGUAUAAAUUGUAUAAUAAAACAAUACGUAUAUAAAAGGUAGUCUCUAAGAACUGCAAAGGUUACAGCAGCUAUUGUUGUUGUUUAAGAGUGACGUUAGGUCUUUUUUCCUAAUGUUCUUUUUGAAAGACUCAAUAUUCGAGGAGCCUUUCAAUUUAAUAUCCAGUUUCGACCAUAUAUGAGGUCAUUGAUAUCUAAGAGAAUGCUUUCCAUAGUUAAUAGUGUUAAAAGUCGGAAUAUCAAAAUCACUGUUUCUUAGUGAAUAACUAGUGCUUUUCCGCUUAAAUAGUUCGUUAACAAUACUCGGUGCGAGGCCAUAUUUUACUUUGUACAUUAAUAUAGCGAUAUCUUGUAGUCUUCUAUUUAGUUGUGAAGGUAGCUCUGCACGAACCAGAAGGUUUUCGUAUGAUUCUGAAUGGGAGUUAAAUACUGCUCUAAGUGCGCGUUCUUGAAUCCGCUCUAUUUUUCUACUGUCAGAAGAUCUACAGUUAUGCCAUACCAGAUGGCAAUAUGUUAAGUGAGGCAGGAUGGAUGAUUUGUAGAUUAUCAGUUUUGCUGAUUAUCUGUUUUGCUGAUAACGUACUUAUCUUCAUUUUUUUUUCGAUAGUAUCCAAUGGAACCAAAGUGGAAGCACGGGUAGAAGGUUCUGUUUGGUAAGUAUUUUGUUACAUUAAGUUAAGUGUUUGGUGCAUUUUUGUAGUUCAUCACGUUAGAUCAAAAUGUAUCACGUCAAACUUUAAUAGUUUUUGUUGCGAUAUGUAGGUACAUUGGAACAGUGAUUAGUGCUAAGCCAAAGAAAGGUUGCUUGUGCAGAGUUCGUAUCAAGUUUGAUAUGUAUCCUAAGGACAAGUUUGACAAAUGGUAAGUUCAGACAACUAUUCAUCAAUUUCGCAUUUAAGUGAACUAUCCCCUGAAAAUCUGAACGUGAGAACAAUGGAAAAACCAAAAGCACAUCUUGGCAGAGUAUUCUGUGAUUUCAUACACCAUAUUUAAUACUGGUAGCUUCUACCGUAUAAUGGACUAAAACAAUCUACAAGAAAGUAUUUAUCACCAGCUCAAGCGUUGGAAGUUGAAACCAGUACAAAAUGUAAAUUGAAACUUAUUAGUAUUUAAAGUAUUUGUAGCAAAAAAAGGUGGCCCCAACUUAUUGUAUCACGCGGAAAUUAUCUCACGCCUUGCAACAUUUUCCGCCUAUUUCCUAAACGCGUUACCGCGAGAAUUGUAGGUCCUAUACACAGAUCCUUAGGUGUAGUUAGGGGGGGUCACUUCCUGGAUUUUAUUCAUGGUUCCAAUUAAACAGCCGAAAGGAUAUCCAGUAAUGGUUUGUGAUAGUCAUGUUUUAUCUAUAAUCCUUAUUUAUUGUCUUUCGCAUUUGUAGGUAUGAUCAUCCGAGUGCUGAUUUACGAGUUCUCAAGGUAGUGUAAAUCUUUAAACCAGUGAAAACUUUAGUGUUGUGUGCAAAGUAUAAUGAACUAUAGUUUCGAAUAGUCUCAUUUUGCGUUAGUGCUUAACCGAGCAACAAAACUCCUUAAGUUUGAAACGAAAUUAAGUUGAAAUUAGGUACCCUGAUUAAAGUAAGCGGUGAAAAGUUGGAAACCAUUCACCAGAAACUAAUUGUCAUAAAUGACCCAGUUCACUGAAUUAGAAGACCACCAGUGAGGUUUCUGUUUUCUUGCAUCAGGCCGGUCGAAAUGUCGCUUUCAAUGUCAAGGUGACCAUCGCGAAACAAAGAAAUGAUAAAAGAAGCUUUUAUUUCAAGCCACGAAAAUUGUUAUCUGUCAUUACAGAAAGGUAUUUUUUCUUAUUCAGCCUGUGGAGAGACCAGCUCGCAAGUCACCAAGCCCCUCCCGUGAAGUCCCUAGUACAACUACGUUUGAAACGCCAAACGAACAGCAGGAGCAGCGUGAACUUCACACGCCCACACCUGUGCAGUCCCCAGAGGACAACAGAGUCUCUUCCAUGUCAGAUGCUACGAACAUUACUGUGGCGGAAGAAAAUCCUGCGCUUCAAAAGUUUCCUGGAAUGUUUAGGUUUGACACACACUGAUCCUGAUUAUUAUUAUUUUUUCAUUGAGAUGAGGGUUUCUUGAAAAAAAAAAAACAACAACAACAACAACAAAAACAUAGAGAGAUGGUGAUUGGACUCAGAAAAAAUCAUCAAUAUUUAGUUCACGAGGAGCUUGGUUAUCGUUGGUUGGGUGGCUUUGUGAAUUAGUUUCGGAUUUUGAUUAUUUCAUGAUUUCUAUGCUUCUCCCGUAUUGUGUAGUACUAAUACGCAUUCUCAUUUUUCUUGUAGACGGUGCAUGUUGUUCUUUGCUCCUCCAGAAUUCAAAAUAACAAAGGAAAACAUUAAGAAGAUGAGCAAUGAAGAACUGAGCGAAUUUCCACUGGUAUGAAGAAACAGCGUACUGCUCUUUCGUUAAUUGUUAGACCACUAUAGUGGAACCUCGAUGUAACUAACCUCUGUAUAAUGAGGCCUCCUGUAUAGCUAAUGAAAUUGUUCAAUUAGUAAUAGUGAAAUAUAUACGCAACUAAAGAACCUCAAUAUAACGAAACCUCGUCAUAGCGAACAUACUUUGCCAGUCCCUUGCCCCUUCGUUAUAUGGAGGUUCCAUUGUGCUUAAGAAUAUGCAAUUUGAUUACCUAAUAGUGGUAGUAUUUCAGCUUAGGCAACGAUAAUACCUGCGUGAAUAGAGAAUAGAAACGACAGUCAGCAAAGUUCGAUGAAAUGUGAAUUCACUUCCUUGACACGAUUCAACAUCCUCUGACAUAUUACGAGCAAACUACACACUUUCAUGUCAUUGUCUACCUUUUAACAUGUUUAUAUCGUUUUGCAGGAAGAGUUCUGUGAUUGUUACGAAAAAGGUAUCGCCCAGGUAAGAAUACCGUCACUUCAGUGACCAAAUGUUCAAUAAUCCCGUGUUUGUAGUGGUACCAAGGUUAUGUCAGGUGAACGGAUGUUAUUUGCUGGGCAAGUAACAGAAUUCAAUAUAUGUACAUGACUUAAAAAGGGCCAUCAGAGUUUGAAAGCUGCAUGUUUUUCAGGAGCUAAAAGAUUACAAUGUUCCGUCGAGUGAAAAUAAAUAACGCUUUUCACGGGUCAGAAAAUCGAAUCAAUCCUAAUAUGGGACAUAGGAGAUUUAACAAUAACUCUGAGGCUUAGUACGGCUGCAACAGAUUAGUCUUGGGUACAUAAUUUCCUUCUCCCUCGUCAGCAAAAGUUGUUAAAUGACCUUGCCAGAACAAGGUUGUUAAAAUGUCCUGGUGGCUAACGUUAAGUUGUUCUCUUGUUUGACGAUAAGCAAGUCUUGACAAUUUUGUCCCAAAUUAAACACUUUUCAGUUGAUUCAAGGCUACAAAUCACAGAUGGAGGAAGCCGUCAAAAAUGCCGAAGCUGCUGAGGAACGAAUAAGGAAUGCGCUCCGAGAAAAAGAAAGAGCAACAACCCAAUUGUUAAGUCUUAGAAGGAAUGCAGCUAAACUAUUUCGUUCUGUUCAAGAGGUUUGUACUUGUCUUUUUUUUUGCACUAGUGUUAAACUUUGGUUGUUUACCAUUUACGUGGGCAAACCGGUUAGUCCACUGUUUAGGCAAAUGGUACGCAAAAUUCAGGACUGGUAAAUUGCGUCCCGGAAUCGCGUUUACCAUUUGUACAAAUCAAUUCCAUUUACCAAAAAACGACCGCGAAGGUCUGAAUCUGGUAACAUAUGCCUUAAAAGAAAUGGAACAGGAAUUUACUUUUGGAAUAUUCCGUCCGGAAAAACAGGACAACCUUUUCAGAAAUUCCGUUGCUCUCGGAAAGUUUCUACCGAAACGACCCAAAACGAUUUUCCGGAAACUUUUUCUAAAAGGUAAACAACCUUUAUUACCAUUUAGAGUUGUUGGAUUGUUUAUUACCAUCUUUUUGUUCACUAUCCUCUUAGGAUCCAAGCGAGUUUAGAUUAAGCGAGGGCGACGUCUCGGACAGGGUGGACGAAAUGGUGGAACAAAUGGCUCAGGUGGCUCAGUUAUAGCUGGCUAGUGACGUUUCUUUUUAAAUCCAUUGGAUAACUUAUGUCCCAUUCGUCUUUUUAAUUUUUUCGAGCCUUUUUUUUUAUACCAGCGAACCGCAAAUAGUCUUCUACUCCACGGACACGACUUUUGUACAAUGGCAUCCAUGUCAAGUUCUUUUGUAAAAAAAAUAUAACAACACGCUGGGCGUGUAGUAAAUCAGCAUUUAGAUAAUGCUUUUCUACUUAUCAGAGCUAUUUAUGACUUGUAAUGCAUUUACUGUAAAUUGCCUUUGUAUGCAAGGCGUUGUUGUUUUUCGUUAUCUUGUUUUUGUUCUGUUUGUUUCUUUUUUUACAAAAAUAAUACGCCUAUCCAGAAGGUAAAAGCAAGGCUUACAAAUGGCUUUGAUGUUUGAGAUUAUUACUUAAAGGACCUCAAAGGAAAGGCCAUUUUUACGGACAGUAAAAGGGUUCCCAAAUUCCAUGCAGUCACAUUCGUAACAUGGACAAGGUUGUGAUGUGGACACAUACAUUUCAAUGGCUUCAUGUACAAAACAAGGAUAGGGUGUCGUAGUAAAUGACGAAGUAACGAACUUUAUACUAGUUAAGAGUUAAGGAAAAUUCAUGCGACAUCAAGUUGUUGUUAGAGAAUAUUUAUCUUAGUAAAGCAAGACAGACGAUUGGGUGUGAGAUAACGAUUUUAUUUCCCUAAAAUUGUAAAAAUGUUCUUUCUUUGAAGAAAAUAUCCUUGAUUUAAAAGCUGAAUCUUCUUUAUCCUCUAAUUUUCAACUUUCAAGGAAAAGUUAAUUCAUCUCAUGCAAUUGAGAUUGUGACGAAAUAAAAUAUUACUAUUUCAUUAGAAUUUAAAUAUACGUAACAUAAGAUAAUAAUAGUUUCUCUCCAAAUACCUUUACCUAGUAAAAACAUACCAAACGAUCUUUACACUUGUCUUCUUCUUGUUCCUUUAAUUCUACUGCGAGGCUGGAUUUGUAUCCAGUGAUUUCUGACGAACAUCAACCAAUUGUUACUUUAGCAUGGUAGACACAGCAUUGCAUUCAACCGACGAAGCUGUAGUUACGGUAACUUAAGUAGC